GCUGGAAAGGAUUGUGGUGGUCUGUGAAGGCUUUCUCGGCGUGAAAGCUCGACGGAGGAAGGUUUUCUGGGUUCGAAUGCUACGGCAGAGAAAGAAUAAAAAAUCGUCGACUAAGUACUGAAGAAAACGAAAUGUGGACGAACGAGGCUAUUUGGCUCGAUGUUAGGGUUUAAAGAGUGACAAAAUUUAGAGGAAGAACAGAGCAAGUGAGAAAGCAUCAAUGGUUUGCUAAUGUUUCAUUAGAUGGAUACAAAUUUAAUCCCAAGAUUGGGACUUGAAUUUGAAACUUUGGAAGAAGCAUGGCAAUAUUGGUCGAGUUAUGGUGGCAAAACUGGAUUUGGUGUUAGAAAGCAGUAUUUCAGCAAGAGUAGGAAGGAUGGCACCAUUACUUCAUAUAAAUAUGUGUGUUGCAAGGAAGGUGUACGAAGACCAGAUAAAAGAGAUUAUAAAACAAUCCAUCCUCGACCAGAGACAAGAACAGGAUGUAAAGCAAGAAUGACUGUGUCACGCAUAAAUGGAAAAUAUAGAAUUGUUGACUUUGUUGACGAGCAUAAUCAUCCGCUUCAUUUUCCAGAAACAGUGCAUUUGAAAGCAUCCCAACGGAAAGAGAAUGAGGAUGAGAAAGAUGUAAAAAUCCGGGAAUUGGCUGCCGAGUUACAGCGCGAGAGAAAGCGAAGAGCAGUUCUCCAACAACAGCUUGAGAUAAUUUUGAGAGAUGUUGAGCAACAUUCUGAUAAAGUAUCCAAAACCAUUAAUGAUGCUCUUCAGAGAGUGAAAGAGGUUGAAGAGAAAGGGAAUACCACGUCACCCUCCUCAAAGCUUGAUGCUGCUAAGUAAUGCCAAUUUGAUUCAUGUUUAUACAAAAAGGGGUACAUCAUCUUGAAACGUAAUACUUUUUCUACGGCUUGAAAACAAUAGUUUUCAGCUAGUUCUUGUAGAAACAACACAAAUAUCCAUAUAAUAAUUUAAUUUGCUGACUCUUUGUACCAGAAUAAAGCAUAAACUCAAAAAGAUAGAAAAGCAUAUUUUGACCUUUUCGCAACCAA